AUUAAAACUUCAUUCAACUAAAUUUAAAAUUAAUUCAACUUACUUAAUUUAAUUAAUUAUAACUUACCUUACUUAAUAUAAUAAUAAUUAACUAAAUGUCAUUACUGUUAAUCAAACAUAUUCUAACAAUGUAUGAACUUUUGUGUCUGUAAUCAAAUCAGUGCUUCAACGAACACAAAACCGGAAAUUGAUCAAAAUGGACACUAACAAUCUAAUGGAUUCCUUGAACGCAACGAGUUUUCAAUCAUCUAUUCUUCCUCCCACAUCAACCUCGAGCGUUUAUAUCAAACCUUUGGUAAUCUCCCCAGCUCCCGAUAUCGAUUGGGGACCGCAAAGAGAUCCGCUGUACAUUGUCAUCCCCAUCACGAUUCUAUACGUAAUAAUCUUCAUCACAGGCGUCGUCGGCAAUAUCUCUACUUGUAUAGUAAUCAGCCGAAACAAGUCCAUGCACACCGCCACCAACUACUACCUUUUCUCAUUGGCAAUCUCCGAUUUGCUGUUAUUAAUCUCGGGGCUUCCCCCGGAUAUGUACGCCAUUUGGUUCAAAUAUCCAUACAUCUUCGGCGAGGUCUUCUGCGUCUUGCAGGGCUUUGCUGCUGAGACCUCCGCCAACGCAACAGUCUUAACAAUCACAGCGUUCACAGUCGAACGUUAUGUCGCCAUUUGCCACCCGUUUCUCUCGCAUACAAUGUCGAAGCUAAGCAGAGCAGUUAAGUAUAUUGUAGCGGUGUGGAUCAUUGCCAUGAUACUGGCCAUACCACAAGCGAUGAGUUUUGAAAUCGUGCAUGGUAAUAGAGAUGAGCAGUGUGUUUGCACCGUGCAACAAACAGCGAUACCACAUGCGUUUGGUAUCAGUACAUUGUUGUUCUUUGUGACUCCAAUGUCUUUGAUAACCGUGUUGUAUAUCCUGAUUGGAUUACAACUGCAUAAGUCUACUGUGGGUCCGUCGAGAGGGAAUAGUGUGCGGUUGAAACAUCGUGUAGUUUCAUACACACCGACCUCUACACAGCCGGUAAUUGUAUUGAAUGGGAAUGUACCUGUGAGUCAGGAGGAAGAUGGGAGGAAGAAUUUCGCGAGGAAUGCGCAAGGGACGAAACAUGUCGUCAAAAUGUUAGUGUUGGUAACUGUCGCAUUUCAUCUGCUUUGGGCGCCGUUUCACGCGCAGCGUCGCUAUGCGUGCGUCAGUGUGACGCGAACAACGAGAUCAAAAACUUCCUUCGCACAAGCGGACGAAAUCACAACCAGCGGCAUUCUCUACUUCCUCUCCACGUCCAUCAAUCCUUUUCUUUAUCAUAUUAUGUCGCAUAAAUUUCGCGAAGCUUUUAAGGACACAUUCAAAGGGGCUGCCUGUGCAGGUCACGCCGCGCCAAAGGGCAGUAAUUUGUUGUUAUUCACGUUAUCAGGGCGCUCCUCGCUGAUAAACAGCCACAGCAACACGGACUCGUGCAGCCGGCAAUCGUCCUACGUUAUCUCAGAAGCCGAAAUGGCUCGCCUACACGACUCAAAGCGACCCCUUGUCGUCUCUUUCAAGCGCCACAAAAAGUCCGCCUUUUCGAAAAGCCAAACAAGUCACCAUCCUCACGACGCCGAGCUGCAGGAAGCGCUAGAUAGCUUGAACGAGAGUCGAUGCGCUUUCGACUUCUUUUCGGGUGCGUCAGUGUAUUUACGAACAACGGAUCAAAACUUCCUUCGCACAAACGGACGAAAUCACAACCAUAAUCACAAUCAUGAAAAAGAAACACGCGCGAAUAGUCUAGGCAGUAUAGGAAAUGAUUAUGAAGCGGUAGAUUUUGACCUUUCGGAAGGCACUACUGAAUUAUCUUAUGUCGAAGUACAUAAUUUAGAACCCACGCAUAUUUGCCCAGUGAGUGGCAGCAGGUGCGGUGUAGUAGGCUGUUGUUAUCUUAAGAAAUUCUCUGAGACUAGUAUGAAGGAAAAGUAUCGACGUGCGAAAUUAGAAAAAUUGAAGCGUAGCAGAGGGUGCAAAGUCACGUGGAAUAACGAGUUGACCAAGUCGUCGACGAUGCCGCAGAUUGUCAAAGAAAUGGAAGCAGGUGAAGCAUUAUCAAAGAAAUGGAAGCAGUGCAAACCCAGAUGCAGGUGA